AUGUUUCUUACAGGAUUUCAAUCUGUUCUUUCUGGUAAACAAUUCAAAGUAGGUGAGCGCGAAUACAUUGCCGAAGAAGAAGGUCCAAAGGGUCUUCUUAACUCAACAUACGAUUUCGAAGCACUUAAGAAGUCACUUCCAGGUUCUCUUCUUAGCCCAACAUUAGGUAUGUUCCGUUACAUGCCUUUCUUACCAAUUGAUCCAAAAGAUCAGCUUCCAAACGUUCAAGUUGGUGGAACUCCACUCAUUCCAGUCCCACAAGACAGAUCUCCAUUCAAGAUCCAGCUCUGGAUCAAAGAUGAAGGCAGAGAGCCAACAGCUUCUCUUAAGGAUCGUGCAUCCGCCCUUGUUUGCGUCAAAGCCAAAGAAUUAGGCAAAACAGUCGUUACAACAGCCUCAUCCGGCAAUGCGGCAGCUGCAACAUCAUGCAUGUGCGCAUGCCUUGGCCUUAAACCAGUCAUUUUCGUCCCAGCCCACGCUCCACCGGCCAAAGUUCUUCAAAACAGACUUUACGGCGCCACAGUCUUCCUUGUCGAAGGCGUUUACGACAGAGCUGUCGAAGCAGCCAUGGGAGCUGCCAAGAAGUACAGCUGGUACAACCGUUCCACUGGAUUCAAUCCAUAUACAAUUGAUGGCAAGAAGACAGUUUCAUUUGAAAUCUGCGAACAGCUUGGUGGCAUUCUCUGCCCAGAAGAAACAAAGGGCGAAUGCUCUUGGGGCAAACUCGGCAAAUUUGUCGCUCCAGAUGCAAUUGUUGUUUCCGUUGGUGAUGGCAACAUCAUUUCUGGUGUCCACAAGGGCCUUAAGGAGCUCUUUGCUGCCGGACUUAUCGAAAAAGUUCCAAAGAUUAUCGGUGUUCAAGCAGAAGGUUCCAAUUCCGUUUACGUAUGCUGGUCCCAGAAGAUUGACCCAGUUAACAUGCCAGUUUGCGAGGGAUCUACACUUGCUGACUCUAUUUCCUGCCCAACACCAAAUGAUCCAAUCAGAGCCUUCAGAGCUGCCACAGAGACAAACGGUGCUUACGUACAGGUUACAGACGAGGAAAUCCUUGCUGCAAUCCCAACAAUGGCCCGCGCAACAGGAAUCUUCCCAGAACCGGCCGCAGCUGCUGGAUUCGCUGGCAUCUUCAAGGCUGAGCAACAGGGAUAUCUCAAGCCAGGAGAGAAAGUCGUCAUGAUUUCAACAGGAAACGGUCUCAAGGAUAUCAACAACGCAACAAAGUCAAUGGAAGGAAAGAAUGUCGCAACACUCAUCAAGACUUACGAGGAUAUCGAUGGAUCAAAGAUUUAA